GCCCUGCCCCCUCCCCCUCGCGCCUUGGCAGGGGCGGGGGGCGGCACCGCCCUCCUCCCUCCCUCCGCUCCGCUCAGAGUCGCGGGAUCGCCGGACGGAUGAGCCUGAGGGAGGCCUGCGGGGUCUUCGGGUCCGAUCUGUGACCGAACACCACCAUGUCAACUAGACCGUGACACGAAGUACCACGUCCAGGCUUUCCUUAAACACUUCCAAGGACGGUGACUUCACCGCCUCCCUGGUCAGUCCGUUGCAGUAUCGAGUCACCCUUCCUGUGAAGAAAUUGUUCCUAAUGUCCAACCCGAACCUCUUAUGGUGCAGCUUAGGACUGUGUCCUCUCAUCCUCUCGCUGGUUGUCCGGGGGAAGACGGCGACCCCCACCUAGCUACAGCCGCAUUUGAGGGGUGUUAAGCGCUGUAAUGUCACCCCUGAGGCUCCUUGUCUCCCAGGCGGCGAAAUACUCUCUCAGCUGCUCCUCCUGAGAUCUGUGCUCCAGACUCGUCAGCCACCCCAUACCCGCUCUCUGGACUUGCUGCAGUACCCCAAUAUACUUCCUGAAUUGAGGGGCCCAAAACUGGACACAGCACUGCUUGGGUGAGACCCAAGGAGUCCUGAAACCCCUGGGCCAGACAGGUGAACUGUAAUCCCACCUUGUCUCAUGGAUAGCCAAAAGAACAUAUGGACACGUGAGGAGGACACUGGAUCAACUGCUAUGUCUUAAGAGCUUUUUUUUCAGCUUCUUUUCCUCUUUUUGUAAAAACAAAAAUCUCUCAAGCAUUCUUAAUAUGAUUUUAUCACGCAUGCAUGCAAUAAUUCAAGAUGCAAUAAGCUCAUAGUAGUUCAAAGUAAAAUAACAUUCUCAGCUUUUUUUUCCCCAGUAAUUAAGACAUGUCAGGUUUUCUUCUGCAUUCUUUGAUAGUUUACUCAUAUUUAGCCUGGUUACAUUAAAUCAGCACAGCAUCUGAGGUACUGAUAGAACCCCACCAGCUUCACUGGUGUCAGGAUUUCCCUCUCCCAAUAAUUUUCAAAAUUACUUUUUUCUACUAAUAAUGAAUUUGUUUUCUGUACUCAGGGUGCUUGCUGUCUAGCAAGGAAGAAGCAUUACUGAUGGCUGUAUUUAUCACAAAGAACACUUGUGAAACUAGAGAGAUGGAAGAUCACAAAAUCAGAGUUAGAGUUUAGUUUCCUGGUUACUGUGAAAAGAAGAUUAAAUCACACAGCUCACUGGUGGAAUUGCUCUUCUGUCAAAACCUACAGCAAUGGAAGAUCUUCCUGAGAGAUAACCAAUUGGAUACUGGACAACAAAAGAAGUAAUCAGACUCCACUGACCUGUUUAACCCUGAUUGUGGAGAAUGAAAAGCAGCAGCUGCUUUCUGUGGAGCAAGGCUUCUGGCAGCACUUGCUUCUUCCCUUGGGGAUGAUAUUGGCAUAAAGACUUUAAGGUAUUGAACUCAUAAUGUUGUGAGUUUAUACAUGCCAGACUGUGUUCCAUCACUUUUUGAAAGAGCUUUGGUAAAGCACUGCUGUCAUGGCUGAACAAAGGCAACGUGCUUUGUCAACAUCAGGUGAAGCGUUAUAUGAAAUCCUGGCACUAGAGAAGGGAGCAACACAUGAUGAGAUUAAGAAAUCCUACAGAAAAUUGGCUCUGAAAUAUCAUCCUGACAAAAAUCCAGACAAUCCAGAGGCUGCAGAAAAAUUUAAAGAGAUCAACAGUGCUCAUGCAACCCUGACUGAUCUGUCCAAGCGAAACAUAUAUGACAAGUAUGGAUCAUUAGGGCUCUAUGUGGCAGAACAGUUUGGUGAGGAAAAUGUUAACACCUACUUCAUGCUCUCAAGCUGGUGGGCAAAGGGCCUGUUUGCAGUCUGUGGUUUGCUGACUGGCUGCUACCUCUGCUGCUGCCUCUGCUGCUGCUUCAACUGCUGCUGUGGAAAGUGUAAACCGAAGGCACCCGAGGGGGAGCAGCAGGAGUUCUGUGUGUCUCCAGAAGAUUUGGAAGAGCAAAUUAAGAACGACAUGGAAAGAGAUGGAGAAACUCCUAUUACGCUGCAGCCGACCAACAUAACUGAGAAGACACAGCUGAUUGGGGACAGCCACCGGAGCUAUCGCACGGAGUCCUAGAGCAGGAGGGCAACCUGCUGCUUCUCACUGAGUCUCACUGUGAGAAAAACAUGUGAUAAGUCCUGCAGCCUGUGUUCAUAGCUGUCUUUGAGCUAAUCAAGAGUAAUUUCCUACCAAGGCAGAAUCUCCCCCAUGCUUCUUCCAAAAGGUUGAUACCUGCACUGUGUGUGGAGACACCUAUGGCCUGUAUGGCAUGCUGGUCUCUCAAAGCUUCAAAUCAUCUUUCCCUCUAAUAGUAUUCCCUUUGGUAUAGCUGUUCUUCUCCCUGCCCUCAUCUGUAGUUUCACCUCCCAGACACAGUCUUGAGUCCCUUUGUGGACACACUGGCUGUCUCUCCAUGCACCAGGAACUUUCCUUGCACGCAGCAGUUUUGUUGGGUGUGAAACAUUCUUGUGAGAGAGUCCAGAAGUGCUCUUUAGCAGGUCUCAGGGACAAAGUUGGUGACAAGACAGAUGGGGCUCUCCUUCCCAGAGAAGAAGUGCUCUUUGGAAGGCAGCUAGCAACUUGCUCUGGCAACUAUAAAUUAUAAAUCCUGAGCCAAGACAAAGUGCUCAGAGAUUUUUCUGAUGGUUGUUGCAGUGCAGGUCACUCCAAAUCCAGAAGCCUCAUCCAGAAGCACACAUAGGCUCUGUACCUUCCCCUGCAAAAGCUGCAAGAGACAGUGGGCAAAGUCCACAGGGAGUGCAAGGCUGUCCCUGGGCUGUCCCAGAUCCUCUCUCCUCCGCCCACAGGCCCGUGGCAAAGCUCCUCCUUUUGGUUCCCAGCCAACAGCUUCCUGCCAGGUGGCUUAUUGCACCAUGCCCUUGGCUUGUGGCCCUGCUGCCCUGCUGGCGCUGGGCUGGGAGCCAUCACAACAGCACAGGGGCUGUGGGAGCAGCAAGGACUUGGCAGGGAAAGCAGCAGCAAAGGAGUGACCGUCCUCCUCACCAGCUCAUUAGGGUAAGACUGAGACCUCCCUUCUGUGCCAGGCAUGAUUUUAAAUAAAGAGGCAGGAAUGAGGUGAUGUUCAGGUGUUCCACCGCAUAAAUCAGUGGAGAUACAUUUAUGUAUGGCUAGAGGAAGCAUGAAAAACUUAAGCUACUAAUUUGUAAGAGCUAAAGGAAUACCUCUUAGAUUUUAAGCUUAUCACCUCACUGACUUGGCUGGGUCUAAGUCUGAGGCAACUGAAUUUCUCCUUAUUGAUCAUUUUACAUCAGUCAUUGUCAGUUCUGUGUAUUUGUUAUUUUUGGAUGCUCUGGUCUAAAGGGGGACAUAAUGUUCCACUAAAUUAUACAGGCUGGUGAAUAUAUAACUAGCUAAAAGUGUUGUUCCCUUGCUUAAAAUUGGAUCCUGCAGUUGUGAAAUAUUAUUAUCUUCCUUCUAUUCUCAUAUUUGACAUCAAAUGUCAUUCAGCUAGCUACAAGGGAAAAGAAUGUAUUUUAUAGACCCAGGUGUAACUCCAAAAUCAAGUCAUACUGCUUUCAAUAUUUCUUUGAAAGUCCCAUAACACAAGGAUAUUUUCAAAACAUUGCUUCCUGUUCAGGUUAUAUAUCUGUUCUCUGGAUGCAGACACUGGCAGCAGCCAACAGGCACAUUGCCCUCAGAAAUGGCCUUGGUUUUCUGCUUCAGAAAAGAGGGACGAUGCUGGCAUGGCCAGAGUUGGGCACAGGCACUCGCUUCCUUCCUACCCACAGCUCCUCUUUGUCCUCAGUUGCAAUUAUUUUGAAACCACUCGUAUGUACAUAACUCCAGAUCACCAUCCUACCUGCCCACUGAGGAUGUGCUCAUCCAGUCCAGUGGUGCCAGGAGAGGGGGGCUGGUGACACCACCCUGUCACCGAGGAGACAUGACCCCAGAGGCAUGUCUUUCCAGUGGCAGCCAAGUGCUGCACAUCUUCCCAUCAGGGGAUGGAUCACACAGCACUGGGAUGCUGUGAGAUGGGCAGAGCCCAGAGACUGGGUAUGUGCUUUGGACACCAGCACACACACUCCUCUUCUGGCUUUCUUCACUAUUCCCCUUUUCAGGGUGCUUGUUCUGGUGUAGGAUGUUAUCCCAAAUGAAGAAGUAGGGAGAGCACAUAGUACAUAACAAAUCUGCAGGUGAAGUUAUUUCCUAAGUUUCAUUGUCUGGUACAGAAAUUUAGUGGGAAAAUGUCCAAAUGUUACCUAGUGACUAUUUCCAGCAGAGGGCUGAAAAAGGCACUGGGAGAAAAGUCUGGUGUAAAGCUACGUUUUAUACGUGUUAUCCUUUCCAUGUGAAAUCUAUCCUCCCUUUCCCAUGGAAAUCACUGGGAAUUGCACCCUUAAUUUCAACAACAGCUAUAGAGCAGGCCUAAAGCCAGGGAGGAAGAAGUAAAUCCCAUAAUAGCAAAAACAAUUGGGGAAUUUUUUUGCAUGCAACACCUCUGAUGGGUAUAGAGGGUCAGAGCCAAAGUUCACCAACAUCAAGGAAAUUUUCUCCAUGGGCUUGAGAUGUACCACAAGUCAUGUGGUCCUUAUUUACACUUUCUAAAUAAGAGCUUUUUCUUGGGAAAGAUUUAUUACUUGAUAUCACAGUGUGAAGCAAAGAUGGACAAGCUGCUGCAUGUUUGCAAAUCCCUUUAACAAACACAGGAGUCUUUACAGAGGAGCCACAAUGCAUUAUCUCAGUUAGCAAAAAACCUCAGAACAAACCAGCGACCAGGACUUGUAGCUUAAAAAUCUGAGUGUCUGAACUCAUGGUUUAAUUUCAAAUGGGAAACUUAGUUUUUAAAGUACCAAAAUAUUUGUGUCUCCCAAUGAUGUGAAGAUCAGCUAUUUUGAAGACAUGUGGAGAAAAGGAUGAAUAAGGAUUUCAGGACCUAGCUCUUCAAAGUGAUUUUACUCCUUUGUUUGCUUUUCAGAAAAGUUCCUAACAUGUACACAUACUAACAUUAUCUGGUUUUGUGUACAGUUCAGUUGUAUACCCAGAAAUCCUCUCAAAGUGUACAGAUUCUCAAAUUUUUUUCUGUUUUGCUACAUUUAUUUAUAUGUAAACUUCCAUGUAUUCAAAUCUACCUUGGCUGUCAAUCACUCUGACUAAUAAAGGUUGUAUGUAUGAA